UGUGUUAGUGUUAAACAGUUUAACCUUCAGGGUCCAAGUUGAACUAUGCGGUUGUUCCCUGCACUUGGACCGGUACUUCUCUCUAGGGUUUUUGUCAUACUUGUUCCUGAUUAUGGUUAUACACUUUGUUGUACGUCGCUCUGGAUAAGAGCGUCUGCCAAAUGCCUGUUUACAUUACAUUACAUUACAUUCAUUUGGCAGACGCUUUUAUCCAAAGCGACGUACAAAAGUGCAUUUUCAUGAUCGUAGACAACUGCUGAACACGGGUUCGGUAAGGUACAAUUACUUAUUUUGUACAGCUAUUUCUAGCCGAGAACAAUGAACACUAUCCUGGUCUAACCUGUAAUGUAAUGUAAUGUAAUGUAAGGUGGCUUUCAUAAUCUCCCUGCUGUCCAGCAGAGCACUCACCUGGGCCUCCCUCCAUUAAAAGCAGGAGCAUUCAGUCACAGAGUCAUGAAUUGCAUGUUUAAAGUCCACAAUUGAAAUUAAUUUGUCAAGUUUAAAAUUAUUUUGCAGGUUGUUCCAACUAUAAGGUGCAAAAUAUCUGAAACCCAUCUUACCAAAUUCAGUAGUGGGACGAGGGACAUUAAAGAGUAUCACAUCCCUAGAGCGGAGGUGAUCACUAUGCAAAUUUCUAAUUAGCAGACAGCUGAGGUAGGAAGGGUGUAGGCCAAUUAUUGUUUUGUAGAUGAAUAUGUACCAGUGGACCAAUCUGUGCAGAUGUAAAGAAGUUAACCCAGACCAUUCAUAUAGGAGACAAUGAUGGGUUAAGAAUUUUGCACCUGUAAUGAAGCGUAAAGCAUUAUGGUAAACCAUACAAUCAUUUUUGACAAUGGACUACAGCCAGGGGAGGGCUGUCAUCAUGGAUCAAAAUAUGUUGAACAAAUACUUACUGAUAUAAAACCAUAUAUGUUAUUUGUGUCAUUAGUCAAUUUUAUGAAUAGCCUGACAGAACAUCACCAGAAUGAGGACAUUAAUAAAAGCUAAUAACUGCAGCAAGCUAUCACUGUCUAUUCCUUUGCGGUCAAUGUAUUUAGUUAACUUCCAGUUAUCUCUAAUCGUGUACUUUAUUUCAUUAUAUCAUACCCGAGGUAAAUAGCUAUAGGAACACUAAAAAAUAUAGUGUAAUAUGUAAGUUUUUUCAUACGUAUCUAAAUAAACGAAUUAAACCAAUUAGUAAUUACUUAUUUCUAGAACAGAAUUCCAUUUACUUGUAUACAUCCACAACGCAGUAUUAUCCUGGACACUGUCCAUACUCAAACGAAAUUGCAGUACUGUAUGGUAUUCAACAAGGACCCUUGCAGAAAGCUUCACUGGGUCAGUGACGUCACCCAUCCGCACUCCCUUCUUUAACUAGUUGGGAAAUAGACAGUUCGUGGUGUUCACCGUCAGACGAAGGCAGAGAGACAAGUAGCAAGCUCUCCAUUUGCGAUCUCGUCAUGUGCAAAGUGCAAGAACACAGUUUAUUUUCAUUAAAUCCCAGGAUGGCUGGCUAUAGGAUUAAGCCGUCGAUGCAACUCGUUUCUGUGUUAAAAAAAUAAUUCCGAUAUUUUAUGCAUGUGUAAUUGUUUUACUAGUUAAUGAGAAACCCGAGGGGUAGCCCAACGGUGGAAGAUAAAAUGGAAAAUAUAUCCAACUCGACAAACAAAAACUCUGUGUGCAACCGUUCUAUGGACUUCUAUUCCUUCAACUCUGCCAACCGGACCGAUUUAAAUUGUACGCCCCCGGAUCAGUUCCUUCUCCAACCGGAUUUCUACGUUGUUCUGCCGGUCAUAUACUCUGUGAUAUGCGCUGUGGGUUUGACAGGCAACACAGCUGUCAUUUAUGUAAUCCUCAAGGCACCCAAAAUGAAAACAGUCACCAAUAUGUUUAUCUUGAACUUGGCGAUCGCUGAUGACUUAUUCACAUUAGUUCUGCCCAUCAACAUUGCCGAACACCUCUUACAUUACUGGCCCUUCGGUGAGGUGUUGUGCAAAAUAAUCCUAUCCAUUGACCACUACAACAUUUUCUCCAGCAUCUACUUCCUCACUGUAAUGAGCAUCGAUCGAUACCUUGUAGUCCUCUCGACGGUGCGGUCCAGAAGAAUGCCCUACCGUACGUACAGGGCAGCAAAAAUAGUUAGCCUAUGUGUCUGGGUGCUGGUGAUUCUUAUCGUCAUGCCAUUCACCGUUUUCGCUGGAGUUUAUAUUAGCCACGACGACAUGGAAAGAAAGAGUUGUGUGUUGAGUUUUCCCAGCCCGGAAAGUUUCUGGUUUAAGGCCAGUCGGAUUUAUACGCUUAUCCUCGGAUUCGCCAUCCCUGUAUCCACAAUCUGCAUUCUUUAUACCAUGAUGCUGUACAAACUGAGAAACAUGCGACUGAACUCCAACGCUAAAGCUCUAGAUAAAGCGAAGAAAAAGGUGACAGUUAUGGUGUUUAUUGUGCUGGCAGUGUGCCUCUUUUGUUGGACCCCUUUCCAUCUGAGUACCAUCGUCGCCCUCACCACGGACCUGAGGACGACACCUUUAUUGAUAGGAAUUUCCUACUUUAUUACCAGUCUAAGCUAUGCCAACUCGUGUCUGAACCCUUUCUUGUACGCCUUUCUGGAUGACAGUUUCCGGAAGGCUUUCAAGAAAAUGCUUGAAUGUAGACCUGCUUGAAUGUACAUAACGUGGGGAGGAAGCUUUAGUGUUAUAGGAAGUUUUCCAUUCACCACUUUCCACUUCAAAUGUUGUAUUAUCAUUUAAUGAUUUAUUAAUUUGAUUUAUCUACCGUGAAUUUGCAAAUGGAUAUAUUUAAACAUAAAAGUUACAACUAAAUUAUUAUUAUUAUUAUUAUUAUUAUUAUUAUUAUUAUUAUUAUUAUUAUUAUUAUGUGGCCUUCUGUCUCCCCCUUGUGUUGCAUGAAGGAACACGUAGAUUUGGAGAGAAUUAUCCCUGGACAUUUAGCACAUUCCUUAAGUUUUAAGCUUUGAAAGGAAGUUAUUUUUGUAUAGAAUAGACUGGGUACUGUGCCCAAAGAGUAUAACAAAAUUCAGUGUUAUAUAUUUGCAAUUCUUUUAGCUUAGACUGAACUGCAUACUGUAUACUCUUGUACAUGUUUGUAUUUGUUAAUGAAAGUAGGUCAUCAUCGUUAUGCUUGUAUGCAUUGACUGCUUAAAAAAAAAUUAUUUUAAAAGAUGAAAAUGGAUUAUAGUUGUUCAUAUCAUAUAAUUGCAUUGCCAGUUUUACAGAUGAUUUAUGUUAUUUGAAAUUAAUUUGUACACAUUGUGCCAAGAAAAUAAAGAUCAUACAAGUAUGCUUCAAGUUCUUCACAACCAGCAAACAUGAACCUGCUAUUUCAAUAAAUGUAAAAUAA